AGCCUUUUACAUUCCAAUCAUCGCUAUUAUGCCUAUUCGACCACUUAUAUCUACCAUAAGAAGAGGAAACGAAAGACACAGCAGUCGUCAAACGGAAGAAGAGCAAAAAGAUCGCUGGAUGAACGAAACGUCCAGCGAACCCGAAGAUGAAGAUGAAGUUGACUAUGAUGCCCCCAGAGUUGCUCAGUGGGUCGAUGAGGAUAUUUUGGAUGAAGACGCUACUGAAGCCGAGUAUUCUCAGGCACCGAAGAAUAACCUGACCUUGCUUGAAACUGAUCUAUCCAGUCUUCCCAUGGGCACCCUGCGGCGCGCGCAGAAAAUCCUCAAGGUCAAAGAUAUAUCUGAUGCCUCUGACAUCGAAAGGGAAUCAUCCGAAGACUCUAACGAAGAGAAUGCUGCUUCCAAGCCAGAAUGGGGUACCAAACCAAGGACAGACAUCAACAAGCGAAAGGACAAGCAUGCUCCAAUGGAAAUAACUUCCAAGAAGCCCGUAACUAGACGAAGGACUGUUGUGAAUGCUCAGACUCCGCAAAUGAGAGAUCCUCGAUUUCUGCCCAUGACAGGGGAAUUUUCGUCACAAAAAUUUAACGAUAAUUACCACUUUCUGAAUGAAUCUCACAAAACUGAACUUUCUACUCUACGGGGGAACCUCAAAAGAGCUCGGAAAUUGCUUGUUACAUCCCCACGGGAUACAAGACAUGAACGUGAAGUGGAAAUCGAACGCUUAGAACUAGCAUUGAAAAAAGCAGAAAGUACAGUCAACAAAGAUCGUCGAGACGCAGUUGAACAUGAAGCACUUCGCGCGGCGAGGAGAGAAGAGCGGAAGAAACAGGAAUCUGGUAAAGGUGAAUGGUAUAUGAAGAAAAACGAAAAGAAAGAGUUGUUGGUGAGGGCAAGGUAUGAUUCCAUCGCUGAACAGGGAGGUCAAAGAGCUGUGAAGAAGGUCAUCGAGAAGAAGCGAAAGAAAAUUGAGCAGAAGGAAAAGAAAACUAGACCGUUUGAGAAGGGUGGUUUUGCGCAGGGCGUGUCUUCUAAACGCCCUUUCGAUAAUGGUUAUGAUCGAAAUAGGGAGAAGAGGCGGAAAUUGGAGUAGUUUUGUAGAGUUUUAUUCAAAUGUUACACGUUCAUUAAUUACCGCUCAUGAGCGCUUAGCUCCAACGCA